CAGGGUGGUUCUAAUAUACGGAUCGGAGUUCCGGUAGUACUACACUGGCACCAGAUAUUCACUCCAUGAUGUUGUCGGGGAAAACGAGACAAUUGUCAUUAGUGGCUUGUUCCAGACAGACCUUCUUAAACUUUGUCAGGCACAGACUGUUUGUUUAACACAAUGUAACACUUCAAGGUCACUCGUAACAGAAACGAGUAACAAUUCUGCCGAGGGAUACUCCGGCAGGAAAUAUGUCAGCAAGAUGUACCAGAAUCUUGGGAAUAUUUACCCAGAAAGCAGCAAGUUAGUCUGCAAGAGCCAUAAGCUUUUCCUCUUUGCCAGCAUCGUACAGCAGUGUUACUUUGGAGGCUACAACCUUCUGCCUUUAGGUCAAAGAGUACAAGACAAACUAGUGAAAAUCAUUGACCAAGAGCUGGAGAGGAUUGGAUGUCAAAAAAUGUCAAUGACAACACUGGCUCCAGCCAAACUUUGGAAGAAAACUGGUCGUUGGGAUAACAUUGGAAAUGAACUGUUUCGCUUGACAGAUCGCAAAAAGAUUGAAUUUUGUUUGGGACCAACACAUGAAGAAGUGAUCACCAACAUUCUAGCGACCGGUCCGAUGUUAUCAUACAAGCGCCUUCCCAUAAAAAUGUACCAA